AUGGACAAGAACUCAUAUUUUGGUACGUCGUCGUCGUUGACGACUCCUCAGCACGUUCCCCUUGUUCCCAUUAUUUCUGACAAACACCUUUCUCUGCUACUUCCAAUAAUUAUUUAUUGGGUAUAUUCUGGAAUGUACCACCUAAUUUCGAUAUACCGAAUUCCUUUCUUCGAAAAAUAUCGAAUUCGUAGUCUAGAGGAGACUAAAACCAAAAAUAAAAUUUCUAGUUCGGAAGUUAUUAAAGGAGUUAUUGUGCAACAAUUUUUGCAGACUGUACUGGGCUUUAUAGUAGUAGCUGCUGAAGAAGAGCAAGUGUUACCUGAUGAUAACGCAGAGAUUUUGGGUCUUAGCCAAACUUUAGAAACUUAUUCGACAAGCUUCGGUAUAGGGCAUCAUAUUAGACCACAUAAGCAAAUAUUGGCAGAAUAUUCUUAUUGGUAUUUAAUACCAGUUGUAAAAUUUUUCUUUGCAAUGUUCCUGUUAGAUACAUGGCAAUAUUUUAUGCAUAGAUUAUUCCAUCAAAAUGCAUUUCUUUAUCGCCACAUUCACUCUCGACAUCAUCGAUUGUAUGCACCUUACGCUUUUGGAGCACUUUACAAUCAUCCUAUAGAAGGCUUCUUGUUUGAUUCUCUUGGCGCUACUAUUGCGUUUACAUUAUCAGGAUUAUCAGUUAAAGGCGCGAGCAUUGAUCAUGUGUGUUUACAAGUGAGCUUUGAUGAUAACUAUCUCAUGUGUCGUACAGUUGAUGACCAUUCAGGUUAUGAUAUACCAUUCAAUCCUAUACAGAGAAUAUUUGGCAAUAAUGCUAUUUACCAUGAUAUUCAUCAUCAAACAUAUGGAUUGAAAAAGAAUUUUUCACAACCGUUUUUUACCUUCUGGGAUCGCAUUUUUGGAACUUACUUACCUUAUCAUGAAGUACCAAAAGUUUUGGAAGAGGAUUCGUCUAGAGAUAUUGCCGAUGAUGACGAUGAUCCCCAAGCCUUGAAAAAGUCUAAAACUAUGGAAUCCAGAACUUCGUCUAAAAGAUACAAUUUGAGAUCGAGAAAAAAUAUUUCCUAA